AUGGCCUCGCCCCAAUCCCCUGCCCUACCUCCUACUACUACGAAAGCAGCUAUGACCGCAUCUCCCCAACGAGCCGCCACUCUCCUCUCCAACCUCGCCGCAGUAACAUCUUGCGUCACCACCGCAUCCUCCAAGUCUGCAGCUCCAAAAUCCGUCCGACUCGUCGCCGUAUCCAAACUCAAACCCGCCUCCGAUAUCCUAGCCCUCCACAACCCACCCGCCAGUCACCUCCACUUCGGCGAGAACUAUGUCCAGGAACUGCUGGAGAAGUCUCGCCUUCUCCCCACAACCAUCCAUUGGCACUUCAUCGGCGGGCUGCAGUCGAAUAAAUGCCUAUCGCUCGCCCGGGACGUGAAGGGGCUCUGGGCCGUCGAGAGCGUCGAUACGGAAAAGAAAGCCUCGCUACUUGAUAAGGGCUGGGGUGAACGCCAGAAGCUCUCCUCAGAGAAAGAGGAAGGGGGAGAAGAAAAAGAAAAUGCACAGUCUCGUCUCCGCGUGUUCGUUCAAGUAAAUACGUCAGGCGAAGAGAAUAAAUCGGGUGUGGAGCCUACAGCGGCACCCGCAUUAUGCCAGUUUAUUCGCGACAAGUGUCCGCGUUUGAAACUGCAGGGCCUCAUGACUAUCGGUGCCAUUGCACGGUCCAAGGCUACUGGUCCUGGACAGGAAAAUGAGGAUUUCCUGUGCUUGAAGGAGACCCGAGAUCGCGUUGUCAAGGAACUCGAUCUCCAGGGUGCUGAGCAAGAUCUGGAGCUGAGCAUGGGCAUGAGUGAUGACUAUGAAGGUGCUAUUGUCCUGGGCAGUGACCAGGUCCGCGUUGGUACGUCAAUCUUCGGCGAGAGGCCGCCAAAAGCUCAGGCCAAGGUGAUCUAA